UACCAUAGCGGCCAAAAUUUGGUAGCUCGAGAUCGAAAUAAAUUGACAGUAUAGCUAGAAAAAGAAGAAUGGCCGACACCCGUGGCAAUUUAAAAGACUCCUCUAGUGAUGAAAGUCGACGGCUGACUGACGAAGAAGAGUAUAGAAGACGGAUAGAAGCUUUAGAUGAACGUAUUCAACAACUUUAUGACGAAAGACACCACAUUAUUCAGAGUCAUCGUUAUAGGAAAGGUGGAAUACAUGAACGUGCUGCCCAUCAGGAAGAAGAAAGAAGAAAACAUGUAGAUAAAGGAUAUGAAACACGGCUACAUGAAACAUUUCGAGAAGCAGAACAGGAGAUAUACCAGGACGUAGAUAAACUCUAUGGUGAAAUAAGAAAAAACAUGAAAACUUUAGAUGAAAGAAUACAAACACUAGAAAAAGAAAAAACACAACUGACGAGGGACUGGGAGAAACGGGUUGACAGUACAGCAGCUAGUAAGCAAGAUUUGACUAAAGAGUCGGUCAGAGGGUGUUCAUAUCUGGUUAGACAAGGUGGCCCAAUGCUCGAGAAUGAUUACACCAACAUCAGGGAAAACUUACCCUUUCUGGUUCGCAACUUAAUACCAGAUAAGCUGAUAGACCGCCUGUUUAGUAAAGGUGUAUUCAACGAUGACGACAUAGAGACAAUCAACAAGCAGAAAGAAAAUGGCAGAAGCGCUGUGGUGCGUAAAAUGUUAAUGAUUCUGUUACACUGUGGAGAGCAUGCGUAUAGGCUAUUUAUAGAAUCUUUACAAGAAGAGGGAUUUACAAGAGCUGUAGAAAUACUUGAAAAUGUGCCUCAGACUCAUGAAGGAAGUGUUAGAGGGAAGGUUCCUCCUAUCGAGUACAACCGAAUUCAGCUAAACUUUACGUACCUGAUUAAUACAAUAACAAAUCCCUGGACCUUAAUAAUCAGACUUUACAAUAAAAAGGUUAUUGAUGAUGAGGAAUUUGAACAAAUUGAAAGUACGGAAGAAAAACAAACUGCAACCCGUAAAUUACUUCACAUAUUAUUAUUUUGUGGUCCAGGGACAUUGUAUAAAUUGAUGCAGUCAUUAAGGGAAGAAGAUUGUACAGACAUUGCAGAUCAACUAGAAUCAGGUAGCGCCCCACGUCAAGAAUCAAAAUCCCCAAAACAAGCUGUAUUCAAGAAUCCAAAGCUCUUGAAAGCAGAAGAAACUGCCAAAAUUAUGUUAGAGGGAAUUAAAGAAGAUAGUUAUCCAGAGACAAGAGCUUACAGCGAAGGCUGUAAAGUACUUAAUAACAACUUCAUCUUAGGAGUUAUCGGUGCAACAGGAGAUGGUAAAUCUGUUUUAAGUUCCAUGGUAGCUGCCAACUUUUUAGAAAAUCACUGUGACUUUGCACCCUUGGUGAUAAAACUCGGUGAUAUUGAUGAGAUUUCUUUUUCCGAAAAGAGAAAUUUGCUGUUGAUAAUGGACGAUAUUUUAGGACGAUUCGAUCGCUCCAAUGUAAAUAUAUCUCAAUUUCAGGUUAAUUUCGACAAUCUUUACUUAAAUAUUAAAAGGCGACGCGCCGCCUUGAUAUAUGUCAUAAGAGAUUAUAUAUAUAAUGACUGUAAACAUGUCCGAAAUAUUUAUGAUAUUUUUUCCAAUGAAUAUUGUAUAUUUUUGCACAGAGAAAGUAUUUGUUUAAAUAGACAAGAAAGGGAAAAAAUUAUUAAAUACCACUCAAAACAAUUGCAAGAUUCUGAUAUUCAAACAAUUAAUGAAAUUUGUGCCACUACCUUUGGUUUUCCAAGCAUUGCUAAAUUAUUAAGCAAAUUAUUAAGUACAUGCAAACAAGUUGAGAUAUUUGCAUUUACAAGUCUCAAUGACUUUCUGUUGUCUAACUUUGAGAUGUUUUGGAAAGAAUAUAAAGAUAAAUAUGCAUGUUUUCUGUUGGCUUUUAGUCUUCGACCUUUAACUUGA